GAAGAUUCAGCUCUUUGCCAAUUCUGGGUGUUUUGGCUUAGCUUAUAAGAAACUGGUGUUUUUGAUAGUGAACUUGUUGAUAAGGAGGAAUAAAGUUGCAGUCUUUCCUGUUUGGAAUCAACAUGAGGAAAGCUCUGCAGUCUGUGAGGCAAAUUAGAUCGGUUUUGCGGUAUAGAAAGGAUAAUGUGCUUAGUAGUCUUGUAAGAAGACAGUAUUUUUCAACUGAUAUAAGUAGAGGGUGUUUAUGCAAGUUAUCCUACAAUGGCGGUAUUACUAGAAACAGCCAACCAUAUUACAUGUCGUCGAGAGCCAUGUUUGCCGAUGUUGCUACAGUAACUAAUGGAGUGGAGACCAGAGGAGGGCCUCUAGUGGAAUAUGAACGACGGAUUGCUGAGGGUGAGCUCUUGGAUGGAGAUGCUUGCCAGGUAGGCACAUUGCAAGAACUCCAAAGACUUUAUGAUCAGCUCAUCGAAAAAGCUGAAGACUGCCGGUUAGACAAAUAUGCCUCUUCUGAUAAAGCCGGGAGGAGUAGAUGGUUAUGGUCUCGUCUCAUGCCACAGUCAACAUAUGCCCCCGUCAAAGGAUUAUAUCUUUAUGGGGGAGUUGGGACAGGCAAAACUAUGUUAAUGGACCUGUUCUUCGACCAGUUGCCUGCCAGUUGGAGGAAAAAGAGAAUCCAUUUCCAUGACUUCAUGCUGAAUGUUCACAGCCGAUUGCAGAAGCACAAAGGUGUGGCGGAUCCCCUAGAAGUUGUGGCAGGAGAGAUAUCAGAUGAGUCCAUUUUGUUGUGUCUUGAUGAAUUCAUGGUGACUGAUGUGGCUGAUGCACUGAUACUGAACCGCUUAUUUAGACAGUUAUUUAACAAUGGCGUUAUUCUCGUUGCUACUUCAAACCGUGCUCCCGAUAACCUUUAUGAAGGUGGACUGCAGAGGGAUCUUUUCCUUCCUUUUAUAGCUACUUUAAAGGAAAGAUGUGUAGCACGUGAAAUUGGUUCAGCCGUGGACUACAGGAAGUUGACUUCGGCCGAACAAGGCUUCUACUUUAUCGGAAAAGAUCUGUCAAGCCUUAUUAAAAAGCAUUUCCAAAUGCUAGUUGGGGGUGCUCAACCGGUUCCACAAGAAGUGGAAGUUGUCAUGGGAAGGAAAUUAAAGGUUCCGCUGGGUGCUAAUGGAUGUGCAUAUUUUUCGUUUGAGGACCUUUGCGACCGGCCUCUUGGCGCAGCAGACUAUUUUGGACUAUGUAAAAACUUUCAUACGCUGGCUCUAGAAGGCGUACCGAUUUUUGGGCUUCACAAUAAAACUGCAGCAUACCGUUUUGUGACCUUGGUUGAUGUAAUAUAUGAAAAUAGAGCUCGACUUUUAUGCACAGCCGAGGGAACUCCAGUUGAACUUUUCGAAAGAAUUGUGACAAUAUCCGAUGCCCAACACAUGGCACCUAGAACAUCUUCAAGGUCAAGGAAGAACGACGACUUUGACCUUUGUGUGGACAACGAGUUGGGUUUUGCAAAAGAUCGUACCAUUAGUAGGUUGACAGAGAUAAACAGCAAAGAAUACUUGGAACAACACGCUGAAAUGUUGGCCAAGAAGCAGCUUCCAGCGGAAAAUCGCGCAGAAAAUGCUAUGGGGGCAUAAUUGAUAGGAAUCCAUACAUUUUUCCCAACUCAGGGAUCCAUUCUUGCCUGUAAAAUUGUGCAAUAGCAUAUCAUAAAAGUGAAGUUGAUUAAGUUUUGAGUGGAAAUGAGAUGCACAAGUGUAAUAUAGGUUGUAGUUGUUUAGGUGGACUUGAGAAAUAAUCUUGAUUAUUUGUAAUUACUUAGCUUAUUGGGCCAACAUCUUGAAAUAAGAAUGACAUCUCAAAAGCAUUUCUGCUGUUGAAAAA